CAGUCCCCUUCCGCCUGGGAGUAUUCACAAUUAAUAUACACUUCUUCGCACUUCCGGUCGGCCCAAAGCUAGUAUUAUUAUCCUCGCACAUCUCGAACGCCCUAGGCCCCUGGCGUUUGCGGCCUUCUCCACUUUCGCUGCCACCAGGGCCUGUACGGGAGCCGUCUCUCUCUUCCGCGGCGCUCGCUCGCCAGUCCGAACUCCUGCAACCCAUAGAUGACGCUGGUUGCGCAGGCGACACCACGGAGCAGCGGCGCAUCAUUCCAUGCAGUCAAAUCUCAGAGCCCAGGCUGAGAUUCAGGCCCAGAGGAAGAAGCAGCUCGCGAAUUCGUACAAACAGUUGCUCGAUGAGUUCGCCGCGACUGAUCUUAAGACGGUCGGCAACUAUACACUGGGGAAACUUAUAGGCAAGGGCAGUUUUGGCAAGGUUUACUUGGCGUCGCACAAACUCAGCAAUGGCUCAAAGGUCGUGCUCAAGAGCGCGAAGAAGGACGACGCCAACCUCGCGCGCGAGAUCCAUCACCACCGCCAAUUUACGCACCCACACAUAGCCCGCCUGUACGAGGUCAUAGUCACCGAGAACCUAGUAUGGCUCGUACUCGAGUACUGUCAGGGCGAUGAACUCUACAACUACCUACUGGCCAAGGGCGCCCUCGAGCCCGCCAGAGUUCAGCGCAUCUUCACCCAACUCGUCGGCGCCGUCACCUACGUCCACAACAAGUCUUGCGUCCAUCGCGACCUCAAACUCGAGAACAUACUGUUGGACAAGCACGGAGAUGUCAAGUUGGUCGACUUUGGUUUCACGCGCGAGUACGAGGGCAAGUCCAACUACCUGCAGACAUGGUGCGGAACAAUCUGCUACAGCGCGCCGGAGAUGCUCAAGGGCGAAAAGUACGCAGGCGAAAAGGUGGAUGUUUGGAGUUUGGGCAUCAUUCUUUACGCGCUUCUUGUGGGCGAGCUACCUUUUGACGACGACGACGAAAUGGUCACGAAGAACAAGAUACUGAAGGAGGACCCCAAAUAUCCGGAGCACUUCCCGCAGCAAGCAAAGGAGUUAUGUCAGUCGCUACUAUCCAAACGGCCGAUCUUGCGACCUACACUGGCAGACAUACUACAGAACCCUUGGUUAUCGGAACAUGCGCCCCGCCAGCAGGAGAUCUUGAAACUCCAACAGCCGGCGCCUUUCUCGACCGAGCUGGAGAAGGAGGUCUUACACCGCAUGCGCGCUGCCGGGGUGGACAUUGACAUGGUGAUUGAGAACGUGCUAGCCCAAAGAUGCGACUCGUUAGCUGGUUGGUGGGCACUGCUGCUCGAAAAAGAGGAACGCAAGGCAAAGAGGCGAGAACGCAAGCGCAAAGAGAAAGAAGCAGAGGCUAAGAGCCUCCGGCGACUGAGCGCUGCAAGUAGUCGACUUGACAAACUUGCGCCUACCAUAAGAGAGUCUGACGAAGAAGGCAUACACUCUCCUUCUACGCCUAAGAGUCGCGGCAGGACCACAAAUCGAAGCAGCUUACAUGGUGCUCCCGAGCUACCAAAGUUGCCAGAGCUAAUCACCUCCCCCAAUCUCACAGUCGACGAUAAGCCACUGCCUCCAAUCGAUACCCGUCGGGGUCGCAAGUCCCAUUCUUCCUCACGCCCGCCACCACCAGCGAAGGAUCUCGACAGACGGCGUUCACGCAGCAGCAUGCUACAGGUCGUAUCCACCAACCCAGAUCUUCUUUCUCCCAACGGUUUCGUGCCCAAGCGACGCCGGAAACAGCCCUUCAUCAAUCACCUUUUGACACUCCGGAAUUGGAUAAAAGAGACGUCAAAACGAGCGCGAUCGCCGGGUUCCAAAGCUAGCAGUGGACAGUCCCCAAAGAUACCUCCAAGCAAAUCUUCGGAUUCAACACGAAGACAGAGUACAGCGAAUCGAUCGUCUGUACACACGAAUCCCAGGUCUCCGCCCACACCACAAAUGGCUGGCCCGCGGCCCCGAGGCUCAACACACGGCUCAGGCUCCAUGAGAAGGCUCUCAGCAUCGCCCGCUCCACUAACACCACGAUCCUCAUAUCGUCGCUCGUCUGGCGGUCUCCGCGGUCGAAAAUCCACUUCGUCAUCUGUAUCCUCGAUCCGCAGCAUGCCACACCACCACCACUCGCACUCGAAAGCCUCAUCCACAUCCUCCGCCUCUCUCGUUUCUCCCGCCGUUUCCACAAGCGGCCACUCACACAAACCCUCCAAAUCCCCCCACAACAGCAUCAAGGUCCUCCCCGCCACCCCCACCUCCUCAAGCUUCCCAUCCAACAUCCGCCUUGUACGUUCUGGCUUCCCACCCGGUCUCAACGAAUCCAGCGCCGCUUUCGGAAACGGAAACAGCAUUCCCCCGCAGUCUCCCGGUCUUGUCUUCGCAAAGAGGAGGAAGAGCCCUUUCAAAGGUCCCAUGCUUAAUGUUAAUACUGGAGGCUUGAACGGCAGCUCGGCAAAUGGUAGUGGUGGCUGGAGGAGUAGAAGCGGAGAAGGUGGUAUGGGGAGUCGGGGAACGAGUGUACAAGGCCGCAGGAGUGGAGAAAUCUUAGGCAUCACAGAGGAAGAUGAGGAAGAAGACGAGGAGGUCGAAGAGGUGGAUACCUUUGGUGGGAAGUUGGGUGAGGGCGAGUUCAUUGAGGAGGAAACGCCUGGGCCGUUGACUCCGCCCAAGGAGAAGUUCAAAGAGAAGGCCUGAUGAUUUGGAAAAUUGGCGCGAGAUGGAAGAGGAGGUUUGAGGUUAUUUUGUUGAGAAUGUGGGGGUUGGCCGCUUAUUUUGGCCUAUUGUGGACUGUAGUUGUUGUUCUUGAUGCGUCGUUGCUGUUCACUUUCUUUCGCUUCUUGCAUUCAUCUUCAUGCUCUCGCGCUUUAACGGCAUACAUUCGCGGCGUUUAUCCUUUUCAUCGGAUACCUACAUAUACAUGCUUUUUCCUUUCUUUC